CCCCGGACUCGUAGUUCACUGCUGGUUCCUGGUCGCAGGUGAGGAAGGAGCCAUUGCGACCAUGGCCGAGGAUGCGACGGUGUCAGAGGAGACUUUAACAAGUGCUCUGGCUCUGAUGGUCAACUCGGGGAAAGUCCUUCUAGAGACAGCGAAGCACGAGGCGCAAGAGUCCCUGGAGAAGUUUGUCCCAUAUAGGAUCACCACGUUACUCGGCCUGAUCACAGCUGGAGCAGACUUCUACAGAAGCAUUGGAGUAAAGAAAAAGACUGAAGCAGAGAUGAUUUGGCAGAAGUUUUAUCACAAUGCAGCAGUGAGAGAGCUGGUGGAGGAACUUCUGACACUUGAGAGUGAAUGGGACUCCUUCUUGGAGAGCGUGGACAGUCGUCUGCAGACGACAGACCGCCAGCUGUCAGGAGGAAAGAUCGCAGACCACCUGAGCCCCGACACGGCGUUCACCGAUGGACGGAGUGGAGAGAGCGUGACUCUCGGUCGGUACCUGGGUCGGGGUCAGAAGCCGCUGCUGGUCCUCAUCAGACAUUUUGGAUGACUCCCGUGACGAGACCACGUGGCCGAGCUGGAGGCUAAUCAGGUUUCCCUGCAGGCUCGGUCAGUGCGCGUCUUGGUGGUUGCUUUCGGGGGUCUGGAGGGGGCUCAUCUGUGGCUGGAGCAAACUGGAUGUGCUUUGGACAUGCUGCUGGAUCCACAGAGGAAGGUAUACAGGAGUUUUGGCCUUGGCUCAUCCUACGCAAAGGUGAUGAGGUUCGGCAGCAUGCUUCUGUACUCAGAGUACGGAGCUGUGGACAGAGACUUCCCCGAUGUCCCGCCUUACCUGUUGGAAGAUAUCUACCAGAUGGGAGGGGACUUUUUGCUGGAUGAAGGAGGAAAGGUCCUUCUUUCUCACCCGUCUCAAAACCCAAUGGACAGGCCCACUGUGAAGGCCAUCCUGCUGGCAGCGGACCCCUCAGCCGCAAAGCUGUGACAUCACUGACACCGCAGAGGAAGAGCAGCUCUUUGACUCACAUUCAUGACGUCACGUCUUGCACUCAUGAACACAUGAAGAAAUGUGACCGAUGCAGAACUGUGAAUCAAAGACAAGUGAUAUUCUCUUUGAGGUUUCAGACUUGUUAGGCUGAUUUGAGCUAUUUUACUGGGAUCUGUCAUGUUCGGUAUAAUUGCAUUCCUUUUGGCUUCACUUUAUAGGUGUUGAGAUUGACAUUCAGACCAUUAAUACCAGUGUGACGUCGUCCUGACGUUCGUACCCCCCCCCCCCCCACCCCAAUUUGGCAUCUUGCACAUUUUUGAUAGUAAAUUAAGCAGGUUGGGAUUCUGGCAGGUAACAUUUUUAUCUUUGGUAGGGACAAACUCCAUUACCCGAAAUGAUGGUGGCUACGUGGUGGCUGAUGAGGGUAGGGAUGAAAGCUGCAGCAGCAUCUUCGUUUUUCCUUAAUGGCAUCAUAAAACUGCAAUUAAGAUUCAAAGUAGAAAAAAAAGACAUAUUGGCUGGUCUUUUCUAUUCUCUGAAUA